AUCGGAAUUCUGUCGUUGGUUCAGAAACCCCCCUUGUCUCCGAGAGAUGUCCAUUGUCCUUUGCUGAACAGACUUCAUCGUGCUACCCUUCACAAGUCUAUUAGCAAUUGCAUUGCUCCAUGGCUCCUCAAACUUGGGCCAACGAUGCCAUGCAUUGCUCCAAGCUUGAUGAGGAGGCUUUCUACGUUGGUUCUGACGAUGACGACUACGAAACCCCAGCACAUCGUCAACUUCAAUAUAAGCUAGCGGCGAAGAAAUAUCUCCACGGCGAUAUCCCAAUCCUCAUUACAGCAACACUCCGAGGACCUUUCGAACGUUCGACAGGAUGGACUAAUCCCUGGGCCAAGAGCAGUCCACAACUCCCUUCGAUCAAGAUAAAAUCAAAUCCGACAAUAUCACCUAUCAAAAAGAGCAAGAAUUUGUCUGUGAGCCCACAAAAACGACUACAAGCUGCAAAUGAAGGAUACCUUCCGAGUCCCGAAAGCCUUAAGCAGGUUUCGCUUGUUAACGAUCCAGAACAUCCCUAUCUGGAACAAGAUGAGCUUGAUACGGUCCAGAAAUGGCGUGCCAGUAUAUCUCAGCCUGUCCAAGAUAAAGAUAUUCCGGUCUGUGCGAAGCGGAAACGGUCCUUGAGCACGGAGAACUGGUUGAAGACAAUCCGCAAUAAACGAGCACGUCAACGAACGCAAACGGGAAGAGCUGCAGAUGGUUUUGGCCGCCAGCUCGAUUUAAAUACGGUCUCGCAUACUCAAAUACCCGCAUCAAGUACGGAGGUCAGCUUGGGUCUAAGAGAUCAAGAUACACAAGAUAUUCUGAAGCCUCAGUGUUCUUUCACAUCACCUAGUCGACCAUCUCCUUCUAAGGAAUUACUGAAGCGACAAGCUAAGCAGAUUACAGAACCCGCUGAGGUGCCUAUUUUGCCGCAAAAUACAGUGGCGCUAUCAUCACCUGUAUCUCUAAAGAAUGAAACUGGUGAAGCACGGCAACUUCAAGUUAGCAAUGCUCAAACAACACCAAGAUUGCCAUCUACGGAAUUCCCAGUACCAUCGAUGUCUGUGGUCCAGCUCAUAUCACCUGCUAAAACCGAUGGCUCCGAAAAACAAGAUGUUAAGAUGGCUUGUGAACUUGACGAAAACGACGAUAUUCAUGCCGAUGAGGCUGUAUGUGAAGAGGACGAAGUGAUGCAUGAGACAACCACAUGUAAAGAAGCCACCAUAUCUGAGCAACAUGUCACCCCCGUUGUCACUAGUAUAUCACGUCCUUCAUCACCCAGCAUUUCAACUAUCCUAUCGACUUCGCUCGCCAGAAAGCCGACGCCGAAUGCCAACACUCUCAGCGAUGACCAUGAAGACGACAAGAGCAGCGUAAUCUCUAACGAUGAAGACUUCAACGAUGCAUCCAGCGAGGCAGAAUCUGAAAUGAUUACACCUGAUGCACAACUUGCAGAGGAUAUUUGCAGUGUAUCCCACUCUAUAGCGAUGGUUGAGGCUGUUCAUUACAAGCCGGAGAAUCAUCAGACUGUUGCGCUACAAUCCCAUGCCAUAUUACCUUUACCAGAUGCCUCACAAGACGGGUAUGAUGCCUCAGAGGUUGCGCUGGGUAUAGACCCUGAAGUUGAUCUUGCCACUGCCGCUAUUGCGGUUCUGCUCUCCCAAAACAGUGUUCACGAGACCAGCGAGAAUGACGCGGACGAAGCGCUUCAGCACUCGAUUAUCACAUCUCGGCCAUGCACGCCUCCGAUCGAUACAGCGUCAGAUGAGCUUGUGCUGGGGUGCCCAGUUUCGCCCAGUGAUAUACCACUCCCAUCAACUGAAAUCCCAGUGAAGGCCGAAACUCAAGAAGACGCUAUGGCUGUGCCUGAAUACCAGGAACAAAUAGAGCCGCAUCCCCCAUGCGCCUCCGCAAGAGAACCUGUCGCUCCGGAACCAUUGACCUCUUCAACAAGUCUAGAUGCUAUAUAUGAGGUUGAAACCACUCCAGAGCCUCGGUUAUUACUUCCUAAGCGCUUCGCUAAGCGCUCAUCUCUCCCUAAGACGAACAAACCGCCACGCCCGGCCUAUGUAAUCGAGAAGACGAUGGAGAAGCCACAAACGAACCAAACUACUACACCACUUGGUAGAAUGGGACCACCACCCGUCCUAAUGGCUAGGCUGUGUACCCCAGAGCCAGAUUUCCAAGUGAAGAGCUUCUCGUCCUUUAUGUCACCAUCUCCCCGAAAAUCACGACGUGUAUUUCCCCAACCCAAACAUGGGCGCAGAUCAUGCCUGGCUGGCAGCAGGAAUGCUAGUGAUUCUAUCGCUUCUCAACAGCAAAUUAGAACUGUAUCUUGGGCAAUGCUAGCUGAGGAUAACGAGGGUGGCAAAAGUGCAAUACGCGAGCAAUCACCGCCGCCGACCAUCAGUCUUGGAGAUCUACCUACAGCUGAGACUGAUAGAUUCGCAAAUCAUUUCUCGGCAGUAGUGAAGCGCACUGAUGGACUGCGGCACAAGUUCAAGUCAACCGCGCAACGCAAUAGCACGAAAAUCGAUGACAAGCCUCAAGAGGUCGAUCAGAGCACCGUCGCAUGUGAAGUAUCGGAUACCACUGAGGCACCUACGGUGGCCCCAGCACCCUCAAUGGCUAAUUUACAGAUACCUCGCGAAAGAGACGCGAUUUCUAUGGAGCCGCUUGAUGUGAUGGACGAUAUAUUUGGUCAAAUGGGCGAUAUGUUCAAGGCAUUCGAUGUUGAUGCUGAGCUUGAUCAAGCGCGUAAGUUGACCGGCCCUGUUUCUUGAUGAGUUGGGGUGAUUGUGGGUGAAGAUGUGUGUAGAUUAGAAGAAGCUAGCUGUAGAUUAUACCCUUGUUGUACUGGCUAACAAAAAAUUGCUACUGAUAAACGCGUUGCCAAAUUUCCAAGAUAGAACCCCAUUUUUGUCCCGGGAUGACACUUGCGAAGUACGAAGCAUAUAAUCUUGAAUAAAGACCCAAUUUAAAUUACGAAGUAUCGACUCCUGAAACUAAACGAAUAAUAAUUAUGGAAUAUAACUCUAAAUAUCUUCUUUUAUGUGAUUUGGGGGUGUGUUUAAAGUGAUGAGUAUUCUGUAGGGUAACUUGGUGAAGACCGAAUCUGACGUCAUUCCUAUGGCAUGAGUGGAGCGUAGCACACCGAUACAGUGACUACAGGCUAGAAAAGGAGCUGCUAGUUGAUACCUAUAGAAGACGAAUUGUAUUCUACGGCAUCAAAAUAAAGCACAUAUUUCUCAUACAUAUGGGAGAGGGUCGAGCUUGCAAUGCGUAGCCUCGUAGAAAUCGCAAAAAUGAAAAAAAGGCGCGCUAAACGGCAGCCAUCUCCCCACCGCUACCAGUAAGCGGUACCUGGGGCAGGCCGCUAAAGGUAAAACCCCAGGCUCCACCGCCAAAUCGCUGGCCUACCACUAAUUGCCACAAUGAGCAGCGGCUUGUAGCAGCCAGCAACGUUCCGCGACUAAAGUGACUUUCUGCUUUGGGGUUUCAACCUUGAUGGUCCAAUUGACUCCCACACACUCGCAACGUGCAACCGUGCGACGGAUGCGCGCAGCUUACAAGCCUGGCAGUGCUUUUUGCCCCCUAACAAGUGUUGGCCGUUGUCCCUGGACCUUGGCUCUGUGGGAGCGAGCCCGAGCAUCGAAUUUUAAAAGGGAGAAAAGCAAAACAAGAAAUCAUACAAUGAUGACAGGAGUGACCCCCAAGGUGGUAAAGGGGGAGACAACAAGCCGAACAUCGACGACGGCUUCCAGAAUCACGAGACACAAGCUACUCGAUCAUCUCAACCUGAUGGGGCUCAGCGCGGAUCGAGGCAAACAAAAUCAAAGCUGAUUGAAAUGCACAUCACUGGGUCUAUUUUUUUUGUGAUAUGUGACAAGUUGAUUGAUUUGCAGCCAGAAUGAACUCCUGCGACCUCUGAUCGUGUAAGCCGCCGCGUGCCUUGCACCCAACAUGCCCCCAACAAGAGGUUCAACAACGCCACCCAAGCCCCAAAUACCUCGCCGCAUAUUGUCACGUCGCAUGGAGUGUUGAUGCAUGCUGUGGCCUUUUGUUCCUCUAUACCGGUAUGCGGAAUGUGACCCUUCCAUGCAUACUACACCACAAUAACAACAAAGGGACAUUGCGCGAUAUGCGCCCUCAACCUCAACACUACUGAUGCCUUGCAUUCAGGUUUCGGGCGCAGCGGAAGCAAGUUAAGCAUCUCCGACAGCUUGGAACCGAGCCACAGGGCGGCCAGGGCAUGGGUAGGCCUAGUCGAACUCAUGCAUUGUGCCCUGAACACAAAGAUGUUUUGACCAGCAAGGUGACGUCCAAUGGAAGCCACCCUCACGGCACAUGUGCCCCAUCGGCUGUAUACAGUUCUGGGGUUACGCCGCGGGACAAGGUGCCUGGCUUCCCGGAGCCUGUAAAUUUUGUCCCGGGUGGCCAGCCGCGUGGCAGCUAAAUUGAUUCGUCCAUGGUGAACGAGAUUUCACAAUGGAAAAAGAUGAAUAGGGGCACGAGUCAAAGCUGUGUGAGGUUGGCAUACGUGGAAAUGAUGGGUGUAGUUUUAAAGGGCGAGAUUCAGGCAUUGCUGCGGCCAGUCCAUCUUGGUGUGUUGCAUGGUGUGUUGUGAUGGUAUUAUUGGUCUGCAGUAGAGUAUGUGAUAAGGGGAAUGGUGGCCCAGGGACCUUUUGUUCUGUUAAUCGCAGGGCACCCUAACAAGUCCAGCUUAUCUCAAGAUACUCAAUGUACGCUGUACAUGACAACGACGAAACAACAUAUACAGGAUGC